GGACCAACUCUUCUCUCUCUCUCUCUCUCUGUCUCUCUCUCCAGCACACACCAGUCUCAUGUCCACUCCUGAACAGAGGCCCUCGGCGUCGCCCCUCCCCUCCAUUCCAGUACAGAGCAUGGAAUUCAAGGGGUUUCGAGCAAUCGAGAGGCAAGUUUCCACGACGUCGCACCACACUCCUCCUCCUCCUCCUUCCACCGUCACUCAUUUCUCCGAACAACCAUUCCGAGGUCCGUGUAAUCCCUCCCCUACCUUUCCCCUCAUAACAACCAAUAACCUCACACAUUAUGAAUCCCUAAUAACAGACAUAGUGGGGUAUUCGGGGCCAGCUUUUGGACGGGCGGCGGAGUUGUUCCAAAACCCUAGCAGCAACGAGCGAGAAGAGAUUCUGCUGCGGGAGAUCGAGAAAGAGAAGAUCAGGCUAGAGUUAAUCGCGGGCGAGAUUUUGCGCAAGCGUGUUCUGCUGGAAGACGAAGUGAGGAGGAGGAGAGACAUGAUGUUGGUGGCGGCCUUGUGCAGACCCCACGAGGGUUUCUCUCUCUCAUCGCCGUGGGCAUUGGAUUUCGGACCUAGAGUCUCGGUUUUGGAUAGCAGAGCUAUCAAGGAGAGACUGGCAUUGUCAUAUGAGGAGAGGCUGCGGGGCUACCGGAAUCGCUCCGGGAUUGUGGGAUUCGAGAUGGUGCCGUUUCAGCGCAUUCCGGAACGUAGGAUUUCUGAGAUCAAAGUCAUCGAAUCUUCUCUUGAGGCUAUGCCGGGGCAAAUUCUCUCUGGUGUGAAGCGUAAAGCUGUGACACUACUGGAGGCAGGUGCUAGUGAGCUCCAUUCGGUAGAUUUGAAGAAAAAACCUAAAGAGGAGUGGAGUUGCUCAAUUUGUCAAGUUAGUGCCUCAAGUGAAUACGGUUUAAAUCAACACUUCCAGGGGAAGAAACACAAGGCCAAGGAGGCAUUGGGACAAAGGGCAGGGGGAACAGGCAAAAACUAUGCAAUUGGGCUUUUCCCGAAGAAAGUGGGCCAGCCUAUUAAGCUUGAUGGGGAGGAGGCCGCAGAAAACCAAUUGGUAGUGGCACAAACUGACUGACAGAAAAACGAUCGAGGUGGAUAGGAGGAAAGGAGCGUGCAUGUGAUUUGGGGGAAACACCACAUUCAGAUACUAAACCAUCCCGAAACGUACGUUUGGAGAUUUAGUAAUGGUACUGUUUGUGUAACUUGUAUACAUUGUACUUUGCAUGUUCGUUUGGAUUCAAGCUUUCAUUUAUUCAAGCAAUCUCUCUCUC